AUGGCGAUAUUAUUACGGCAGGAGCGGGUGAAAUACCUCGCGCUUGCUGGUCUUCUCGGCAUCUUGGUCUUUUACCUGAGCCUCUAUCACAACCUCGACGGCGGUUCUCCUCUCGUGGCCCAGAACCCUGAUCUCUCAAAAGGCGGACUCGGGGGCAUCAGUAAUGAUGGUGCUACAGUUGCUCAACCACCAGAGCAAUCUCAAGCGCCGCCGCCGCCAAAGCCAUGGCACAGGCCAGAUGGUCACCCCAUCUCCAAGCUGAUUGACGAGGCGCAAAUGCAAUUCAAUGAGCGGCUCGGAAAGCGCUCCACUACCCUGGAGCAGGCCGCUUAUAGGUAUCGCGAGCGUCGCGGUCGCCACCCGCCGCCAGGUUUCGACAAGUGGUUUGAGGCUGCCGUGAAGAGUGAUGCCGUGAUUGUCGAGGAUUUUUUCGACCGUAUCCACGACGACAUCAACCCCUUCUGGGCUCAAGAUCCCUUGGAAAUGAGACGGCAGGCCCACCUGCAACCUCAGGUCAUCCGGGUUCGCAAUGGAAACACCACUUUUGUGACAGAUAACCCGCAUCGUCCCGAGUAUAUUCAGCUUUGGCACGCGCUGCUAGCAGAGAUGCAGGAGUUUCUUCCAGAUCUGGACAUGGUCGUCAACGUUAUGGACGAGACCCGAGUUUUGGUGCCAUGGGAAGACAUGGCCGAGCAUAUUGCCAAGGAGCAGAAGUCGCGAGACUUGUUUUCUCCCGACCUGGCAUUGUCCGAGUACACCGACUACAGGCAACUCGACGAGGCCACGGGAGAGAAGCCCUAUGAUGUGAAUUGGAUCAAGGGCAAGCAGAACAAGUACUGGGACUUUUUGGUCGAGGCGUGCCCACCAGACAGCCCAGCCCGCAAGUUUGCAAGCCUGGCUUCCUUUGACUCGCCUAUUGAAAAUGUAUACCCGACAGAGCCUCUUCCAUACACGUACCAGGGCUUUGUGCAGAACUGGACCAUGGCGCAAGAUCCAUGCCAACAGCCUCACCUUCGCGGCAUGCACGGAACCUUUGUCGAGAGCCUGAGUAUGUCGACGUCGACAAAACUCUUUCCCAUGUUUGGCGGUUCCAAGCUCCCUCAGAACAAUGAGCUGCUGGUCCCCGGAGCCAUGUAUCUCACCAAGCGCGUCUUCUACCACGGUGGUGAUGAUCACGGAGGCCCCUGGGAGACAAAGAGAAAUGGGCUCAUUUGGCGUGGCGUGGCUAGUGGUGGCCGCAAUCACGCCGACACUUGGUGGCACUUCCAACGCCACCGGUGGGUGCAAAUGAUGAAUGGUACAACGGUUGGUUUGGUCGAGAAUGGCGAUGCCGCCGCUGGACCGACCUUCACCCUGGAUGGCGCCAACAAGUACAACGUCAAGGCGCGUUACAAUGGCGGUAUCGGCCCCUGGCUAAACACCUUCAGUGACGCCGGGUUUGUCGACCUCGAGUGCUUCCCUCAGGCCCAAGACGCUGAAGGCAAAAGACUGCCAAGUUGUCCGCACACGGAUCCGUAUUUCCCAAUUCAGGAGUCUGUCGAUAUGAAGAUCAUGUACGAUUACAAGUUUUUGCCAGAUGUCGACGGCAACUCGUUCUCUGGACGUUGGCGCGGUUUCCUCAUGAGCACAAGCAUGCCGCUCAAAUCCACCAUCUACACCGAGUGGCACGACGAUCGUCUAGCCCCCUGGGUACACUUUGCGCCCUUUGACAACUCCUACAUGGACAUCUACGCCGUCAUGGAGUACUUCCUCGAUGGCCACGAUGAUGCCGCCCGCCGCAUCGCCGAGGAGGGCAAGGAGUGGGCCGACAGGGUCCUCCGACGAGAGGACAUGAGGCUGUACGUGUGGAGGCUGCUCCUCGAGUACGCCCGAGUCGUUGACCCGAAGCGGGACCGCCUCGGCUAUGUGGCAGACCUGACGACGGCCAAGAGCCUGUGA